AUGGGCAAGUCACAAUCGAAGCUCUCCCCCGCUCAGCUGGACGAACUCCAAAAGGCGACACAUUUCGAUAAGAAGGAACUACAGCAAUGGUAUAAGGGCUUCCUUAAAGACUGCCCGUCGGGCACCCUCACAAAGGAAGAGUUCCAGAAGAUCUACCGCCAGUUCUUCCCCUUCGGCGACCCGUCCUCGUUCGCGAACUACGUGUUCCGGGUGUUCGACUCGGACAACAGCGGGAUGAUCGACUUCAAGGAGUUCAUCUGUGCCUUGUCGGUGACCUCCCGGGGCAAGAUGGAGGACAAGCUGGACUGGGCGUUCCAGCUGUACGAUAUCGAUGGCGACGGGAAGAUCACGUACGAUGAGAUGCUGGCGAUCGUGGAGGCGAUCUAUAAGAUGGUCGGCUCGAUGGUAAAACUUCCCGAAGACGAAGACACCCCCGAGAAACGGGUGCGCAAGAUCUUCCGCAUGAUGGACAAGGACGAGAACGGGAGCCUAGACAUGGAGGAAUUCAAGGAGGGGAGCAAACGGGACGAGACGAUCGUGAGCGCCCUCUCGCUGUACGAUGGGUUGGUAUAG